CAAAAAGAGGGCGAGAAGAAAGGGGAAGAGAGAGAGAGAGAGAGAGAGAGAGAGAGAGAGAACAUAAGAGAGAGAAGUGGUGUAGCAGCAUCAGCGUGAGAAGAGAAAAUAUUAAGAAGAUAAGCAUAGCAGCAUCCCCUAAGAUCUCUCUGAUAAUAAUUCUUUGAAAUACAGAAUCAAUUUUUGUUUGUUUGUGUUUUGUGGUGGUGAAUGAUUCUGUUUCCUUUGAUUAUGGUUCACGAAAGAUAAAAUAAUUGAAUCGGUUGAAAAAAUCUUGGGUGUGUGUGGAAUGGAUAGAAUCAGAGAAGCUAGAAGAAGUACCAUGGCAGCGAAUGGUUUAACAAGAAGAAGACAUAGAACUAACAGUCUCAGAGACUCACCAGAUGAUGAUGGAGGUAUGGAGAUGCAAGAGCCAACGAGGCUAAGAGAUCGAGGGAGUGGGAAGAAGGAACGAGAUCGUGAAAGGGAAAGAGAAAGAGAAAGAGAUCGAUUGGGAAGAAAUAAAAGGAGGAGAAAUGAUAGGUUGAUGCACGGUGUAAGAGAAGAUGGUGGAGAAGAUACUUCAGAAGAGAGUAUUAACGAUGAAGAAGAUGAUGAUGAUGAAGACGGAGGUGGUGGUGGUGGUGGUGGUUCAGUUAGAAUGCUUCCGUUGAAUCCUUCAACACUUUCUUCUUCUUCAUCUCUAACAAAUCAUCAUCAUCGAAAAAGUUUCCCUCCGGCGAAAGUUUUUAGACCAACACCGCCGACGACGUGGAAAGCCGCUGAUGAAAUGAUCGGAGUUUCCGUUCCUAGAAAAGCACGUUCAGCUUCAACGAAAAGGUCGCAUGAAUGUUGGGCUUCAAGUGGUGGUGGAAUUGUACCGGAGCAAAAUCACCACCGUCAGCCUUCAUCUUCACCGGUGAGAGCUUCAGCAGCUCCACCUUCACCUUCAUCUUCAAACGCUUCAAUCAGAAAAAAGAUAAAAGCGAAUGGAGGUGGUGGAGGAGGAGGACCAAAGUUUCGGCCACCGAAAUCAUCAUCGGUGACGACGAAAGCAUCUUCAUCAGUUCAAGAUGAGAUCGAGAUAGAGAUUGCUGAAGUAUUAUACGGAAUGAUGAGACAGCCACAAAGUCAAGUUGCACCUUCAAAGCAAGAAAUGAACGAUUCAAUUAAGAUGGAUUCCCGAGAAAUUAAUAAUAAUAAAUCUUCUGCUAGUGAUUCAAAGUCAAGAAUUUCUUCACCGCCUCAAAAUUCAAGUUCUUCUGCAACUCCAGUUUCAGCUGUUGUUGCACCAAAGAGGAAAAGACCGAGACCAGUGAAGCAUGAGGAUGAAAAUCCAGCUAUAUUCGGUGUUCGUAGCAGUCCUGUUUCGUCGAUUUCAAAGGCUGAGAGUGAUCACCCUUCAAAAAUGGAAGCUUGUUCAUCAAAUUCAGAUAAGAAUAAUCAAGGAUCUGUACCUGAAAUUCCAGCUAAUUUGGCUCCGGUGCAGCCAUCGCCGCCGGAGCCAGUAAAACCAGAGAGCAACACUUCAUCAGAUGCUAAGGUUUUGACGGAGGAAUCAGAGAAGCAAAAAGAUGUUGGAUUGAGUAAAGAGGUGGUACCUCCUGUGUCACCAAAGAAAGAAUCUUCUGUGUUACAAGCAGUUGAUGAUGUUCGUGAAGAUGUGAAAGCGACUAAAGCGAAUCUAACAAUAUCUGAGAGUGAAAACCAGCUGAAAGAGAAGUUUCAGAUAGAUCUGAUGGCGCCACCUCCAUCUUUGAGAUCUUCACCUGAAAGAGUUGUUGAGAAUAAUUCGGUGGUUGAGGUUGAAAAGGUGAAGCAUGUUAUGAAGGAGGAUCAGAAAUCACAUAAAAUGGAUGAGGUGAUGGUUGUGGAAAUAGAGAAAGUGAAAGCAAAAGCUGAAGAAAAUGAAUUCCAAAGAGCUCCUAUUGUGCAAAAAGAAAGAGGCAUUGACUUGCAGCUUGAGUUAGAGAAAACGGAUAGAGUGGAUUCUAACGGCAAUGGAAAUCAUCUUAACAAGAAGCAACAUCAAAAUGUUCAGAGACAUCACCAUCAAUUGCAGCAGCAAACAAAUUUAGAGAAAAAUGUUCAAUCCAAUUCUUUGCCUAUUCCAAUGAAUGUUCCAAGCUGGCCUGGUGGCCUUCCUUCCAUGGGAUAUAUGACACCUCUACAAGGAGUUGUAUCAAUGGAUGGGACUACUAUGCCUUCUGCAGCUAUACCGCCGCCUCAUCUUCUUUUCAAUCAACCCCGUCCCAAAAGGUGUGCAACCCAUUGCCACAUUGCUCAAAAGAUAUUGUAUAACCAGCAAAUUGCCAGGAUGAAUCCAUUCUGGCCAGCAGCAGCAGGUUCUGCAUCUUUGUAUGGUGCUAAGCCCGGCAGCAAUCUUAGUGUUGUACCCGUACCCUCUACAGAAUUGCAUAGUGGUAAUAUUCAUGGCAGGGCAACAAACUCUACUCAAGACAAAGGGCCUAGCCUUGCCAUGUUUCCUGGUCAUAUUGGGAAGGACAAGAGUUCUCAGCCUUCCAAUGUGGAUAAUUCCUCAAGGAAACCAAUUUUGCUUCAGCAAACUUUACCCUCAGGAGCAGCACCUAGUAAUAUAUUGCAUGGACCGACUUUCAUCUUCCCCUUGAAUCAGCAGCAAGCAGCUGCAGCUGCUGCGGCGGCAUCUGUUCGACCUGGGUCUGUGAAGUCUUUGCCAGUUACAAGCAAUGGACCACCAUCCUCUACAACCAAUUCAGCUCCACCAAAUACGUCGGGUGCUGGGGCUGCUGCUCCUGCUCCCCCAACCAUGAGUUUCACCUAUCCAAAUAUGUCUGGCAAUGAAACUCAAUACAUGGCCAUCUUGCAGAAUAAUGCUUACCCAUUUCCAAUACCAGCGCAUGUUGGUGGUCCACCUGGAUAUCGUGGAAAUCCUGCUCAAGCUUUUCCCUUCUUCAAUGGUUCUUUUUAUCCUUCUCAAAUGAUACAUCCUUCACAGAUUCAAUCACAGCAACCUCCUGCUCAGUCACAGCAGAGCCAACAGGGUCAUCCAAAUACCACUAUCUCCACUGGAUCCUCUUCUUCCCAAAAGCAUGCUCAAAAUCAGCAACAAAAGGCUAAUAAUGCUAGUGGAUCCAAUGGUGGUGGUAGUGGAAGCCUACAAGGUUUUCCUGUCACAAAAAACCCGCAAUCGCAGAUUCUACAGUUGCAACAACAACAGCACAGGCAGCAGUUGCACAAUCACCACACUUCAAACGCAGCCCGUCAAGUUGAGUCUGAGAUGGGAUGUGAAGAUAGUCCAUCUACUGCUGACAGUCGUCAUAAUCGUGCCACAAUGAAUAUUUAUGGCCAGAAUUUUGCAAUGCCAAUGCAGACACCAAACUUUGCCUUGAUGACAACUGCAAUGAGUGGUGCAGGUUCUAAUGGUAAUCACAGUGAAAAGAAGCAACAGCAACAGCACCCUGGUUCAAAGGCUGGAGGUGAAACUUCUCCGGCAUUUGCCAUGCCAUUUCCAUCUAUCACUGGAGCAACUGCACUUGACCUCUCAUCAAUUGCACAGAAUCAUUCAAUUAUGCAGAGCAGUCAUAACUUUCAGCUAAUGGCAACUGCACAAGCUGCGAGUGCUCAGCUUAAGAAGAGUUACCAUGCAGCUGAAGAAGGAAAACAUGUAGUUAAUUCAUCUAAUCUUGAAGAAGACAGAAAAGCCAUAUCCGGAAAAAUUCCAACAACAGGGGGACAAAACAUUGCUUUUGCCAGGUCAGAUGUGGCUGAUCCCUCAAUGACGUCAAUUGCUUGCAACAAUGUCAUUGAUAGCUCAGGUCGAAGUCUCAACCUUGGUUCUGCUUCUUCCCGGGCUUCUGCUUCUGGUAUGCCUUCCGCCAUCAACUCCAAUGCAGCUGGUUCUCAGCAACAGAUGCAGCGAAAUCAGCAAAUUCUACAACUUCAAAAGCAGAAUCAAUUUGCAGCUGCAGCUGUGGCCGCGGCUCGAAAUAAGACACCAUCGACAAGUAAUGGCAGUAUCUACUCUGAUAAUCUUCCUUCUACAUCUUCAAUAUCCACCAAGUUUCCCAAUGCUGUAUCUGCAUUUCCUCAAAGCCUAGUACAGAGCAGCAACACAGUUGUUACUCAGUCAUCUCAGUGGAAGAAUUCAGCAAGGGUAACCAACACUUCUCUGUCACCUCAGACUAUGGCUUCACCACCGUCAUCGUCAGUUAAAAAUCCCCCACAGCAGCAAGCUCGUUCCCAACAGGGCCACACACAAAUAUCUUUUGCAGCAAAUCCAAAAUCAUCCACACCACAAGUGCAGACCGCAAGCUCCACCCAGUCACCAUCUCCUCCAGUUAUGGUUGGCUCACCAACAAAUUCAUCCAUGUCCAAAAACACUGGCAGCCCAAGGACAACAAAUUCAACAUCAACAAAUAACAAAACUAGCCAAACUAGUUCCCUCUCCUCUCAGCAACCCAAAAACUCUCCUACUAUGCCAACCCGUAAAUCCUCACCUGUUGGUGGGAGGAAUGUGCCUUCAAUCCUCAGUGGCCCUCAGAUAACUUCUUCCAACACUGGGAGUAAAUCUCAAUUGUCACAACAGCAACAAAAACAACAGCAGCAACAACAUCAACAAAUAUCAAAGCAGAACUUACAACAGGCCCAAAUGUUCUUCUCAAAUCCUUACAUGCACUCCCAAGUCACACAAUCCAAUAGCCCCACCUCCACCACCUCAGCUACAACUGGACCGUAUUAUCUUCAACGGCGUGGCCCUGAGCAGCAAAUGCAACGGCAGGGCUCUGGUGGCACAUCCUCAAAUGGUGCAGCUGCAAACAAUUCAAAAGGCAGCACCUUGAACACACAGGGUCUUCUGCAUCCUUCCCAGUUCGGUGCGAUGCCUCCUUCUGGGAACCACCAUCAAUUUGUUCAAGCUGGCUUCUAUAAUGUUCAACCAGUGCCUACAGCAGUUCAAGUGAAGCCAGCAGAGCAGAAACAACCAGCGGGUGAGUAGAACAAUAUCAUCCCUUGGCUGCACCCCAUGUGCUUGUGGUGAGCAAAGAAGAAAAGUGACUGAAUGAGCUAUACAUUUUGAAGUUGGUAAAGAAAAGAUGGUAUCUUCUGUAGUGGGGCCGAGAUGUUGAUGCCGCUUUUUGGCUUGCUUCCCUGCGGCUUGAGAAGAAGAUAUGGAAGAAGCGAGCAAGCUCGAGUUGACCGUGGCCAACACAAGAUGAUUUGGAUUCCACAAUUUUGGAUGGGAAAUCGACCAGAACUUUGAUGUGCAUGAGUUGUGUUUAGUAAUUCAUUUGUACACUUUUGUUUAUAAUCUGACAAGGUUGAUCAUUAAGUCUAAUCAAAAUUCGAUUGGUUUUUUAGAUGUGGUUAAGGGUCCCCCCUAACUUUUUAAAUUUUAAAUAAACUUAAUAGAAUGCAUGAGGUACCAGCAGGAGCCAGGAGGUAUGGUUGAAGUUCAAAAUCUUCCACCUAUAAAACUGUUACUAUAUUCUCUCUUUUGAUAUAUUGUGGACCUGUGUGUUGAGUAUUAUUGCUCAAAAUGCAAUGUACCUGUCACUUUUGCUAUUAUUUGCAAUUAUUUUCUUUGUUGUAUUGUAAUUGAUGGCAAUUUGCUUUCGUAGUAGAUAAAUAAUUUCAUGAGGCAUUGUGCGGAA